AUGAGGGAAAACAUUCCUACACCUGAAACACCAACUGUUGGUCAUGCAAAGAAUGUCGCCUUCUCUGACACUAUUACUCCUCAAUAUAAAAAUUUAGGCAUGGAAGAUUUCGUCAAUUUCUUCAAUAGUUGUCCAUUACACUAUGUACUCAGGGAUGUUCCUGAGCCCUUGUUCCCAAAGCAAGUGUGCGGAUUCUAUUAUUCUUACACGGUUGAUGAAAGCGGAAAAACUAUCUCUAGAACUAUGAUCAUUCUAGGUUUUACAACUCUACAACCACCAUUAUUCAAGUUCUUUGUCUUCAUCAGAUGGUGGACUAUGAAAGAGCUCCUUCUAAAGCCAGAUUUCGGUCGAUUCUACCUCAUGUUAAUUAUGAUUUCUCUUAUCUAG